AAUCCGAGACGAGGCUGGAGCCAGGGGCGGGCUGAGACGCGGUCGCCGACUCUGCCACAGAGACUUGGGCGGCCCUUACGCUCAGUCUUCGGCCCCGCCCCGCGAUCCGGUGCAGCCACGUGGUGGGCGGACCGGGGCGAUUCUGAGCCCUCGACCUCGCAGGACCCUGAGCCCUGGCCACAGUCCGGGGCAGGCGCUGAGAGGCGAGCGCGGGCCAGAGACCAGCGAAGAGCGAGCUCACCAAGCGCGGCGCCAUGGCCAGCGAGGGUCUCGAGGGCGAGCACCCGUCCGUGACGCUCUUCCGCCGGUACCUGCGGAUCCGCACCGUCCAGCCGGAGCCCGACUACGGGGCUGCUGUGGCCUUCCUUGAGGAGAGAGCCCAUCAGCUGGGCCUGGGCUGUCAGAAAGUAGAGGUGGCACCUGGCUAUGUGGUGACCAUUCUGACGUGGCCAGGCACCAACCCCAGACUCUCCUCCCUCAUACUAAACUCUCACACGGAUGUGGUGCCUGUCUUCAAGGAACACUGGAGCCAUGACCCCUUUGAGGCCUUCAAGGAUGCUGAAGGCUACAUCUAUGCCAGGGGUGCCCAGGACAUGAAGUGUGUCAGCAUCCAGUACCUGGAGGCUGUGAGGAGGCUGAAGGCUGAGGGUCGCCAUUUCCCCAGAACCAUCCAUAUGACCUUUGUGCCAGAUGAGGAGGUUGGGGGUCACAAAGGCAUGGAGCUGUUCGUGCAGCGACCUGAGUUCCGGGCCCUGAAGGCCGGCUUCGCCCUGGAUGAAGGCCUGGCCAACCCCACCGACGCCUUCACUGUCUUUUACAGUGAGCGAAGCCCCUGGUGGGUGCGGAUCACGAGCACAGGGAACCCAGGCCACGGCUCACGCUUCAUCGAGGACACGGCGGCAGAGAAGCUGCACAAGGUUGUGAGCUCAAUCCUGACUUUCCGGGAGAAGGAGAGGCAGAGGCUGCAGUCAAACCCCCACCUGAAGGCAGGGGCUGUGACCUCGGUGAAUCUGACCAAGCUAGAGGGCGGCGUGGCCUAUAAUGUGGUACCUGCUACUAUGAGCGCCAGCUUCGACUUCCGUGUGGCACCAGAUGUGGAGCUGAAGGCUUUCGAGGAGCAGCUGCAGGGCUGGUGCCAGGCAGCUGGUGAUGGGGUCACCUUCGACUUUGCUCAGAAGUGGACAGAGUCCCGAGUGACAUCUACUGAUGACUCAGACCCCUGGUGGGCAGCAUUUAGCGGGGCCUGCAAGGACAUGAAUCCUCACCCUGGAGCCAGAGAUUUUCCCUGCUGCCACCGAUAGCCGCUAUCUCCGUGCGGUAGGGGUCCCAGCUCUGGGCUUCUCGCCCAUGAACCUCACACCUGUGCUGCUGCACGACCACGAUGAGCGGUUGCAUGAGGCCGUGUUUCUCCGUGGGGUUGAUAUAUACACACGGCUGCUGCCCGCUCUGGCUAGCGUGCCUGCCCUGCCCAGUGAUGGCUGAGUGCCGGGCUUCCCAACUUCUAGACUGGGAUCAUCCUCCUGAUCAGGGUCAAGGACCCUUCCCUCCCCCCACCCCAACAAUAAAGUCUGUGUGGACAGGGGCCAAUUCCGAA